CGUUUUUCCGCGUCCUGCCAGCCAUCUGAUCACAAUAUGAUCACAAUACACCGCUCGGCACAGCAUGUUCGAUUCGGCGCAGUUUUUCUGCACAAGUGUAUUUGGUGAUGUUCGGCAGCCACCUUUCCAUUGCGGUCUGACAGUGCCCGCCGCUUCUGAUUGACUCAUCGCCGCGCCUCAUGAGCAUGCCGACUGAUGGUGCGAGAAGCCGACUCGUCUGUCCGCUACUCGCCAUUCUGCUGACCCUGGUUCUGACUCUGGGUUUGCUGAUGGACGCCGCCAACUCGGCAUCUGGCAGUCGGUCGGCCCUGGAGGCCCUCAUGCGGGCAGAUCCGGCCAGCAAUGGGGAGUUCUCUCAUCAGCUCUACCAGACCAACAUCAAAGCCACGCAAAAUGCCACGCUAUUGACGUCCAUCUAUCUGCCGUCGGCUGCAUCUGCUGCAGCUGCCACGUCAGCAUCGUCCUCGCCCUCCUCCUCCAAGCAGCAGCCCCAGCAGUGGCCGUCCAUCGCACGUGCAGCCAAGCCGUGUCCGCUGAUCGUGCUGGCCCACGGCUUCAUGCAGUCGUCCAGUGAGCACCGCCGGCAGGGUGAGCUCCUGGCCACCCGGGGCUACAUUACCAUCAUCCCCGACCUGCGGGGCGGCUCCGACCACCAGAGGAACGCCGACGACCUCCGCGCACUUAUCGACUGGGCGCUCUCAGAAAACACACGAGAGGGGUCGCCCUUCUACAGGGCGAUAGACAGGGCCAAGAUCGGCUUGACGGGCCACUCGGCGGGCGGUCUGUCGGUGCUGCUGGCGGCGGCUGCGGACGAGCGCAUCGAGGCCAUCGCGCCGAUGGACCCUGUGGACUACAAAGGGAUGGGCGUGGCGGCGGGUGGCAAAGUCAGAUGCCCCACGGCCGUCACCUUCUCUGAGCCAUCAAGGUACGUAGGGGGUGAGUGAGUGAGCGAGGGACGCAUUCAUGCGUGUGUGCAUGGUGUCUGUGCACUGCAUGUAGUUGCAACCGCUAUGGGUCUGCCAACAAGCUGUACACGAGCCUGUCGGCGCCCAAGAGGGGCGUCAAGGUCGUGGGAGCCACACAUACUGACGGACAGGUUUGUAUGGCGGCAGGGGAGGGAUCCAAGUGACGCCCACAUGUUGUGUGUCGUGCGUGCUUGUCUGUCUGUCUGUCUGUCUGUCUACAGGAUCCGUCAUCAUUGCUGGCUCGCAUGUUGUGCGGCACGGCCGAUCCCAUGAAGCAGAUGCUCUACAGGAGAUACACCAUAGGUCGGUGGGCAGCCAACUCGCACUCCAUACAUCCGUCCAUCCAUCCAUCCCUCCAUCUGCUUGUGUGUGACUCGUUCAGGUUGGUUCGACUACCACCUCAAGAGGGCCCCCGGUGUGACGCCAUACGUCUUCAACCUCACCCACGGCCCCCUCGCCAACGACCUGCGGGCCAACCGCAUCACAUACGAGGCCGACUACACACUCCCGAUCAAACGGCGGGGCCGCAGGUUCCGCAGCAAGGUCCGCGAGCAGCGCGAUAGGCAGGACGAUGACGUGUGGGAGGGGAGGGAGAGGGAGAGGGCGGCACAGGUGCAGACCGGCAAGGUGGUCGCACAGACGCUCGUGCAGUACAUGUGAUUGACUGACUGAUGGAGAGGAGGAGGGAGAGGAGUAUCAGGCUUAUGUACAGUACAGUAAUAGUAUAUAGCUCAGUGGAUGGCGUUGCGUUGCGUUGCCAAACCAUAGGGACAGCGAGAGAGGGAGAGAGAGGGAAGGAGCAAAUGGGUGCCUUAGUGAUCGAUCACGACAGACAAUGAGUGUGAGACGUCGUUCUUUUCCCCGGGCCCUCUGCUGUGACUGUCUACAUGGACAAUACGUGUACAUGUGUGAGGUGCUGUCGAUCAAUUCCGUCUCAAGAUGCUCCAG